AGACGGGACGCAGGGAGAUCCAAGAUGACGAGAUACAUCUCAGGACGGGCGCUUGGUCUCAUUGUGCUUGUUACAUUCUGCUGUUCCAUCAACGCAAGCAGCUUCACAUCUGUGUGUGGCGACUGCGUGUACAAGGGAGGAGCCGGCUUCGUGAAGCACCCAACUAUCUGCGAUGCCUUUUACGAAUGUGACAACACCACCGGAAAGUACACCCUCCUGCGUUGUCCAUCGGGGAUGACCUGGAACCACGAUAUCUGGUCCUGUGUAGUUGACCAGUCAUGUACCUACCCUACAUCGCCCACUACCACACCAAAUCCGUGUCUUGUCAACAGUGUAGACACAGCCAACCCAGCUGGUUUCCUGGUGACAGCAAACGGAAAUGUGUUCAACAUGAACUGCGCACCAGGAACUCUCUACAACGCAACCAGCUGUAAAUGUGACAUAACCACAACCACCACCCGAGGCCCACCCGCCUGCACGGAGGAGCUGUACCUUCCCUGCAAUGUGGACAUCAGCGACCACUCCGGCAACUGGCUUUGGGUGGCCAAUACUAACGUCACUCUGGCCACUGUCCCGAGAAGGAGUUACAAGGCUUGCAGCUUUGAUGGAAGUGCCGACCUCAGUGUCCCCUUUUUCAAGAACAACGAUUUGGGGGACAACUGGACGAUAAGGUUCAAUUACAGAUCUCAAACAGGUUCGACGGGCGUUCGCGUCCUUGUCAGCAACAGCGUGUGUAACUCCAUUUCUCCGACCUUGGAGGUGACCCACGCUCAGGAUAGAGUUUGUGUCAACAUCGAAACCAAUUCCAACAACUUUACGCUGUGCUCCGCCAAUACAGGCAUCCCGACACCAAACCUGCCCUUUUGCCGGUAACGGUGAAGGUUAACAAGGGAAAACUGAUACUUGUUAACGGUCUACACUCCAACAGUAUACCAAUCAACGGUAAAGUCAAGCUCACCAAGUGCCCUCUGACGAUCGGGAAGGGAUACAACAGAGUAAACUACGUGGGUUUGCUGUGGAAUCUUCAGGUCUGGAAAUGUAACCCUGAUAGUUUCACCAAUGGGCAACAGCUGACUCCAGCCACACCCCUGCCGUGACAGUGUACUCGACCUGACCCCAGAUCUUCAAGGAAGCCCCACCUUCACAGGGCUGUACACCAUAGCAACCAGAUAACCCAAUAAACGCCUUCAAGCAUC